CUGUUUCGCUGAUUUUGAUGCAUGCAAGGCAGGAAGGGAAGGAAAAAACUUGAAAAGGCAGAAAAAAGGGUAGAGAACAGGGGUGGAGAGGAGUACUGCGCAAGAUUCAUACCUUUGUCAACAUAUAUUUUUAGUGCAUCUGUGUGACUCCUCAGCCCCAUCUGUAAAGUUCUCAGAGAAGAAAACCAGGGAGCGGAGGUAAUAAUGCUGAGGAAGAGGAGCAGAUCACUUCAGAAAGAUCAAUAUAAGGGCCAUCUAAUGCCUGAUUGUGCUUCAGAAUCGGGUUUUCAAUCUGAUGUUUCAGAGCAGAAACAUAAAGGCAGUUCUUUUUUCAGAGUUCCUGAUCUGUUUGUAGGGUUCUGUUCCAAGGGUUUAUCAGAUUCUGAGUCAGCUAGGAGCCCUACAUCUCCUCUGGAUUAUAGGGUUUUCUCAAAUAUAGGCAACCCCUUCAGGUCCCCAAGAUCAUGCCUUGAUGGCCGUCAAAAGAGCUGGGGUUGCAGUAAAGUGGGCCUUAGCAUUGUGGAUUCACUCAAUGAUGAAUCCAAACCAUCCGGGAAAGUUUUCCAAUCAUCAGAGAGUAGGAAUAUUCUAUUUGGGUCUCAACUGAAGGUGAGCAUCCCUUCUCCCCAGAGCCAUCUGAAUGGCUCACCUGAUUCCUUUGCGUCACCUAGAUCCCUGCCCAAAAGCUUACUAACAUUGCCACAUCCYGAGGCCAAAUCACCCCAUUUUCAAAUGUAUAACUCUGAAAUUGUUUUUGGAGAUGGAGAAAUGCAAUUUGGGGUUGAGACUGUUGGAAAAAACCGAUCUUGUCUAUCAGAUUCUGGCAGGUCGUCACCAUCCUACGACUUCAGCAUGUCCCCAUCACCGCAAACCAGCUUAACAAAUGCCGAAGAUUUUUGUUCAGAUCAGAAAUCCACACAAUUGGGUUCACCUUCAGUUAUUAGUGGAGAGAAAAAUUUAGACAAUUGUUUGAGUAAGAAACCAAGUUUAGGCAAUUCUUUCGGUAUGAAACCAAGUUCACUUCCAAUAUCUAUUGGCUCUGGCCAUGAAUUUAUGGCAUCUCUUUCUGCAAGUGAGAUAGAGCUUUCUGAGGAUUAUACUUGUGUAAUUUCUCAUGGCCCAAACCCCCGGACAACUCACAUUUUUGGUGACUGCAUUUUGGAAUGUCAUACCAAGGAGUCAACCAGUUGUAAGAAGGAAAAGCUGGAGAUUGAAUCGCCUUGCGUGGAUAAGUGCUUGGAUGGUCCUGUAAUGUACCCUUCCAAUGAUUUUUUGAGCUUCUGUUACUCUUGCAAGAAGAAAUUGGAUGAGAAGAAGGACAUUUACAUGUACAGAGGUGAGAAAGCAUUUUGCAGCUUCAUCUGCCGCUCUCAGGAGAUUUUAAUUGAGGAGGAAAUGGAGAAAAACAUCAAUAAUUCCUCUGAAUGCUCUCCCGAGUCCACUAGUCCUGAGGAAAUCUUCCUAUCAGGCAUGGUGGUAGCUAUACAAUAAAGGUGCUAGUACUGUUACUUGUCCCAUGCCACCUUUCCAUGAUUGAUGAAAUUGCCAGAGGUAAACACCCCAGAUCAUCUGUUGACAAAGAGCUGUCUAUGUGAAUCUGUUUAGCAGCCAUGGAUGAUCGAUAUGUACAUUCACCGUUUGCUGAUUGUGUUUCAGUGUUCAUGGCAUUGGUUGGUUAUGGGUGGCAGUCUGCUAGUUUUUGUUUUCUUUUCUUUUCCAUAAUUGGGCCAUUACCAGAAUUUGAAGCCUAGGUUUUAAGGUGACAUAAUUUUGUUUUGGAAGGGUAGAAGCUGAUGUUCUGGCUCCCCGCUUUUUGUUUUCCAUCACCCUUUGGUAGAGUCAUUUUAACUGGAUAGGCUCAUGAUUGAAUAUAAGCUACCUUUACAUACAAAUGUUGCACUUGUUUCUAUUUCAAUUCUGUUUGUUUUUCCCUGAAGCUGGACACUAUUAAUGUGUUGCAUUUCAUUGUGGAGGUAAAAUUGGCAGUUGAAGCAAUGGCUGAUCUUAUUCAUUGUCCCCACAAGGGACCCUAGAGCACAGAAAAACAUUGUUUCACCAAUUCUCUCUGUAAGAAC